GCUGAUCAAAUCGCCGCGGCCGCUGAUGAAGAAGCAGGCGGUGAAGCGGCACCACCACAAGCACAACCUCAAACACCGCUACGAGUUCCUGGAAACGCUGGGCAAAGGCACCUACGGGAAGGUGAAGAAAGCCCGGGAGCGCUCCGGGAAGCUGGUGGCCAUCAAAUCCAUCCGGAAGGACAAAAUCAAGGAUGAGCAGGACCUUGUCCACAUCCGGAGGGAGAUUGAGAUCAUGUCCUCCCUCAACCACCCGCACAUCAUCGCUGUGCACGAAGUGUUCGAGAACAGCGGCAAGAUCGUCAUCGUGAUGGAAUACGCCAGCAAGGGCGACCUGUACGAUUACAUCAGCGAGCGGCAGCGGCUCUCGGAGCAGGAGGCGCGACACUUCUUCCGCCAGGUCGUGUCCGCCGUCUACUACUGCCACAAGAACGGGAUCGUCCACCGGGACCUGAAGCUGGAGAACAUCCUGCUGGACGCCAACGGGAACAUCAAGAUUGCAGAUUUUGGGCUGUCCAACGUUUUCCAGCAGGACAAGCUCCUGCAGACCUACUGCGGCAGCCCCCUGUACGCGUCCCCCGAGAUCAUCAACGGGCGGCCCUACAAGGGCCCCGAGGUGGACAGCUGGUCCCUGGGUGUCCUCCUCUACAUCCUGGUCCACGGCACGAUGCCCUUCGAUGGCCACGACUACAAGACUCUGGUCAAGCAGAUCACGAGCGGGGACUACCGGGAGCCCACGAAGCUCUCAGACGCCUGCGGGCUGAUCCGCUGGAUGCUGAUGGUGAACCCCGAGCGCCGGGCCACCAUCGAGGACAUCGCCACGCACUGGUGGGUCAACUGGGGCUACAAAGUGCCGCUGGGAGAGCAGGAGCUGCUGCGGGAGAGCGAGUCCCCGCUGGCCACGGUGGCCGAGUGGCUGCGCCGCUCGUCCCGCCCGCUGCUGGAGAACGGCUCCAAGGUGCGCUGCUUCCUCAAGCAGCACAUGCCCGGCGCGGCCCCGGAGCGGCAGCGCUCGCUCAAGAAGUCCAAGAAGGAGAACGACGUGUCGCACGCGCUGCAGGAGGUGCCCGCGGGCCCCGAGAACGCCUCCAAGUCCAUCCUCAAGCGGCCCAAGGGCAUCCUGAAGAAGAGGAACUCGUGCGAGCAGAAGGUGCCCGGGCCCGGCCCCCCGCCGGCCGAGGGUGGGGAGGGGGUCCCCGCGGGGCUCUCCCGGGUCUCGGGAGCAGCGCCCGCAGCGCCCGCGGCCGCGCCCAGGAAGGGAAUCCUGAAGAAGCCCUCGGCCAGGGAGUCGGGCUAUUACUCGUCCCUGGAGUGCUGCGAGUCCGGGGAUGUGCUGGACGCGGGGAGCUUGGACCUGGACGGGACCGUGUUUGCCGAGCCGCCCUCCCCGCCCCCCCAGGGGCUCCCGGCCCGCAGGAAAGGAAUCCUCAAACACAACGGCAAAUUCUCCUCGGGCAGCGCCGAGCCGGGAAACCCCCCCGGGAGCGGCUUCGGGGGUUUCAGCGAGGCGUCGCUGCCGCCGGAUGUAGCAGGGUGCUGGCGAGGGCUCCAAGGUGCUGCCCGUGGGCUUUGGGAGGUGCUGGGGGCACCCAGGCCACGGCUCUGCCCUGUCCUGAGCCAGGACAUUGAAUGGACCAAAGCCCCCAAAGUGACCCCCGAGGAGGGGCUGGGGGGUCCCUGGGGCUCCUCGCUGCCGUCCUCUCCUCCCAAACUCAUCUCAUCACGGGCGUGA